GAGUGGAGGAUUCGGCGACAGUCUCUGCUCCUUCGAGUCCUUGCGUUUUCACCUGCUCACUUCAGCCGAGAACCAGCACUUCACUUGUUCGGACUUUCCUGCGUUCGAGAAACCAAUUCAAAAGUGGGGAAAGAAAAUAUUAUUAAAUCGUGUAUUAUAUGACAAGUAAAUUCGAAAGGAAGAAAUCCUGAUAUAUCGAAGAAUGGAUUUGACUGCUUGCUUCUUGAUCUCCCUUAUCACUGCUACGAUGUUUCUUCAAGUUCAGUGCACAAAGGCUGUGAUCGGCUUGUACGGCCAGACAAUCGAAGUGCCGUGCAACAAUGGAGCUCCCAAGCCGGAUGAUCUGAUCUUCACUAAAUGGAAAUAUGAUAUGGAGGAUGGCACUUCCGGAGAUCUCCUUGUCAAGCAGGCACAUAAGGACGAGGCCCAGAUCAAGGCCUUGGAUGGCUACAAGUACAGAGUAAGCAUCGCAGCCAACUUCAGCCUCAUGAUCCAGAAUGGUUCCAUGGUGGACCAGAGGACCUUCACGUGCAUGGUGGUGUAUGGUUCCAACCUGGACGAGCAUCGCGUCAGCGUCUCGGUCUACAAGAUGCCGUUGCCCCCACAGAUAAAAGACAAAGCCAAAGAGCUGGAGAAUGGCAAACUGACACCGCUAGGUGUGUGUGUGGCUGCUGCGGCCAACCCGGCCGCUGAAAUUGAAUGGUCCAAAAAUGGCACACUGCUGGUCUCUGAUGACAAGAACAUCGCUAUCACAACCACCGUGACGGUGGACCCGACAACCGGCUUAUCCACCACAAGGUCCAGUCUGCGCUACACGGCGGUGAAAGGCGACAUCGGAGCCAAAUUCACCUGCAGCGCCAAACACUACCUGCAAACCCAGCAGUCCCCUGCCGAGACCUUUGUCAUACACUAUCCAACAGAGAAGUUGAGCCUCCAGGUCCUGGCUAAGGCUCCCAUAAUUGAGGGUGACAACGUGACGUUGAAGUGCAAGGCAGACGGCAACCCUCCUCCAACCAGCUUCAACUUCAACAUCAAGGGCCAGAAGGUGACAGUGAAAGAUUCCGACUCCUACACCCUGACCAGCAUCACCCGCGACAACACAGGCAACUACAAGUGCUCGCUGGUCGAUGACAGCAAAAUGGAGGCCUCAGAAAAGGUUGUCGUGAGUUACCUGGAUCUGAGUCUCAGCCCAACGGGUAAGGUCCUUAAGACGGUCGGUGACAACUUGGUGGUGAAGAUGGAGCAGAACUCCUCCGGCGAGGCUAAAGUGUCAUGGACAAAGGACAAUGGGAAGUUGGACAAGGUGCCUACAUUUGAACGUGUGACGUACUCUGACGCAGGAUUCUAUGUCUGUGAGGUGUCUGUGCCAGGGUUAAAGCGCAGCCAGUCCUUCCAACUGGAAGUAGAAGGCAAACCAGUCAUUAACAGGUUGACCAAGCUGCGCAGUGAGGACGGCAGACACAAGGUUCUGAUCUGUGAGGCAGAGGGCGCACCCCAGCCCAGUGUCCAGUGGAGCAUCAACGGCACAGAUGAGGAGAGUUCCUAUAUCAAUGGCAAGGCAGUUCACAAGAUCACAGUGGUGCCCUCAGGAAACCUGACCGUUACUUGCUUUGUGACCAAUAAGCUUGGAGAGAUUCAAGGUUAUAAAUGUCACAACCUGGCACCAGGAUGGAAGUUCGGACCAGGCUAAGCUGAUUGUGGGCAUCGUGGUUGGCCUCUUUGUAGCAGCCGUUGUUGUGGCACUGGUCUAUUGGCUCUACAUGAAGAAUUCAAGACAAGGGACCUGGAAAACCGGAGAGAAGGAAACCGGAACAUCUGAAGAAAGCAAGAAACUAGAAGAGAACAACCACAAAGUGUAGAGACAGCUGGGCGGUAUGCAUACUCGAGGGACGAAGGAGGGAAGAAGCAGUUGAGAGAGGUCAUGACCUAUUGGACUUGCUCUACGAUAUCAAAAUGAAGACACAUGAUUGGCCGCCUAUACCCUCCAUCUGGCUUCAGAAUGAACAGCACGUAUUCCAGAUUAUUCCCUAAACCAGAUGAACAGUCCCACCACUGACCCAUGCAGUCUCUGAGAAAAAAAGCGAAACAUUUUGUGUCGUGCAUUGAUUUUGAUUCUGCGCUCAAGACUGCUUCUCGUUUAAUUUUUGUGUUCCUGGUGAAUGCUUGCGCACAGUUAGUGACGUGGGUUUAAGCUCUUGUGUUUUUUUUUUUUUUAUAUAUUUAAAUUUAGCGAAAAUAUGUAUAAUUCACUGUAUACUUUUUAGGCCUGUAAUAAAUGUUACAUGGGUGAGCAAAAGUCACCUGUUCCGUGCCUGGAAUAGCAGACCGCCAGGUAGCUUAGCUGCUCUACAUUGCACUACUGGUGGUCAGCGGUUCUGGUGGUCCUCCUUCCCAGAGAGAAGAGAAUUCACUGCUGUUACCCUUCAGUUCCCCGAGGUUGCAUUCAUAGUCGUUUGUGUUUCAGCAGCUGUACCUCUUUCAGUUGUUAUUGUAGGUUCCUCCCCUACAAGCGGCAAAUGGAGAUCUCCUGAAAUGUUCUAUUUUUGUGUCACAGCCAACCACAUGCCUCAACAACAAAAGAAUAUAGCAUGAUUGUCUGGUGAAAACCUGAUCUCCAAAAAAUACAUUUAUCAGGAAAUUAAAUGACAAAGUAAGCCAAUUAACAAAUAUUCAAAACAUUUAGAAGCUACAGUAUUUUGAAUACAUUUUGUAGUCAUUAAAUUGUCAUACUACACUGACAGGAGUGUCUGCUGUCCAAUAAUGUAAAAACAAAUAUUGGCACAAAUGGAUUUUGCUCGGUUUUCAUCAGACAGUGGCAACAGGAGACACACAGUUAUUUUUGUAAUGCAACAUUACACAUGAAAGGUAAGGCAUGUGAUGACAUGUCGUCUCCUUUCUCUCCACCUCUAAUUGAUAUACCAUGACACUAAUAUUUUGAUUGUACAUCAUUCCCAGAUUAAUAUUAGUUCCAACUGUGUUGUCAUCUCCUGUGCGUUGUGUACAUCCUUAAUUCUCUUUCCUGUGCCUUACUGUAGUUAAAGGCAAUUUCUAGUGAAGUAUUCAUGGUUUAGUUUUUUUGUCAUUUGGAGAGGUUCACUGUAAAUACGUUGGUUGUGAAUGUCCAGCUUGUAUUUUGCUCUAUUUAUACUGCGUGAGAUGUCAGGUUAGCAGCAGCAUGCUUUCUAGACUUGUUUGUUAAAUGUGCAUCAUUUAAACUGUUGGAAAAGGUAUUGUCAGAAUAUGUAAGUCAGAGAGGCAUUUGAAACAGCACGCAGUUUGUGUUUUAUUUUUUGGGGGUCAAAGGAUUGUAGAAAAGGUGAGGAUGAUGGUAAAAGUGUGAUAGGUAAGUUGUAUUCUCAUGCAUACUGUUCAUUUAAGAAUCAUCAGGUCAGCAGUGAAACCAAAGAGGGUAAAAUGAGAAGGCCAUACAAGUAUUGUAAAUACUGACUUUUGUUUUUGUACUUUUGUUGAGAAUAAAGUGUACAUUUUGAAGAAAA